AUGGCCAGCCAGGCCUCACCCAGCGGUCCCCUCCACUACCCUCCUCAAGCUCGGCAACAACCACCGAAUGGCGCCUUACCAAUGCAGCCGCCGCAGCAUCAGCGCUCGACGGCGCAAUUCCUCGCGCAGGCCAACGAACAGACAUGGCUCGCAUUGGGUGCGCUAUCAGAACAGAUGGGCGAGCCGGACAGCGCGACAGCAGCUUACGAGCGCGCCAUGCACUUCAACCCGUGGUCGGUCCCCGCCAUGCUCGCCAUCUCGUGCAUCCUCCGCUCCAAAGACCAGUUCACCUCCGCCGUGGAAUAUCUUAGGCAGAUACUCAAGGUCGACGCGACCAAUGGCGAGGUCUGGAGCAGUCUCGGUCAUUGCUAUCUGAUGAUGGAUGAUCUGCAGCAGGCGUACUCGGCUUACCAACAGGCGCUGUACCAUCUACCGGACCCGAAAGAGCCCAAGCUGUGGUACGGCAUAGGGAUCCUGUACGACCGCUAUGGCUCUCUCGAACACGCCGAGGAGGCAUUCUCCCAAGUCAUGCGGAUGGAGCCGCACUUUGAGAAGGCAAAUGAGAUCUACUUCAGACUUGGUAUCAUAUACAAGCAGCAGCAGAAGUUUGCACAGAGUCUUGAGGCGAGUAUUCGCGAUGCUCGCACAGAACCCGAAACUGACGCCUCACACAGUGCUUCCUACGACUCUGCCAAGUCAGCCUACACGCGUGUCCUUGAGCGCGAUCCCAAUCAUGCCAAAGUCCUGCAACAGCUGGGUUGGCUGCAUCACCAACAAAGCACAAGCUUCAGCAGCCAGGAGCAAGCCAUCGAGUAUCUCGAGAAGUCUGUCAAUUCAGACCAAACCGACGCACAGAGCUGGUACUUGCUUGGCCGAUGUUACAUGUCACAGCAGAAGUACCCGAAAGCCUACGAAGCCUAUCAACAAGCGGUCUAUCGUGACGGCCGCAACCCGACGUUCUGGUGUUCCAUCGGCGUACUCUAUUACCAGAUCAACCAGUACCGGGAUGCGCUGGACGCAUACUCACGUGCCAUCCGUCUCAACCCUAACAUCUCUGAGGUCUGGUAUGACCUCGGUACUCUCUACGAGUCGUGCAACAACCAGACCAGUGAUGCGCUGGACGCAUACUCGAGGGCUGCUGAGCUUGACCCGAACAACGUUCACAUUAAAGCACGUUUGGCCCUGCUCAAAGGGCAGCCCACAAAUGGCCUCCCGAAUCAAGCUGGUGCGCCGCUGCCACAGGAUGUACAUCCACAAGCUUAUCAGCCAGCUGGCACGAUUGGCGGACCACCAGGCCCGCAGUGGGGAGCGCACGCGCAGAAUCCGCCUCCUGGGCCUGCUCCACCCCCUCUUGCGGCUGGCAACAAUUGGAAUGGUGGUCGUCCUGCGGACUUGCAGAACCCUCAGAUGCAGCCGCAGCCGCUCAACCCCUUCGACCAUCGAGAUAGGAUGGCGCCUCAAGGUCCACCCCGGGCACCUAGCCCACCGAGGCAUGAGCCAUCCCGACCAUUCCAAGAACAGCAGCCUCAGCGUCCACCACCACCACCUCACAGAGGCCUCUCCACGUCACCCAAAGGACCUCAGUCCGGCCCAGCACAAUUCCACCAAGGCCCGCAACACCAUGGUCAGCAACUCCCGCCUCAGCAACAGGGACCUCUCGAUCCACACCGUCAAGGCUACGGCCCUCAGCAUGGCAAUGGCCCUUCUUCAUCAAAUGGAAUGCCUGGCUCUGCCUCUCACACGCCACUUCCGCCUUAUGCUCGCCAACCCGAAAUGCAACCUGAAAUUCGUCCUCUCGUCAAUCACCCUGCUCGGUCGCCAGGCGGGCUAGGCACGCCAGCUGGUCAACGGACACCGUUCGAGUAUCACGCACAUGGUGCACCAAACAUUGCUAGCGGAGCGCCGCCGCCUACCUCUGCCCAGACUGCUGCAGAUGCCGCCGCGGAUGCCGGUGGACGCGAGCGUGAGGAGCGACCCGGCAGCACAGCACCGCCAAAGCGUGUCCGAGAAUGGGACGACGAUCCAGCCGGAAUGAAGAAGCCUUCUACAGACGAGGCACGUUCCCGCUUGGACGAGAUCAAGAUGCACCGGUCUUCGCCGCCCGACAAGAUGGCCACGCCUCCCAACCGCAGCCCUUCGGAGCUCCGGCGAAUGGACGAUCAGCGACCAACCUCUGGAUACCAUCCUUCCGAGGCUACACACCAUCUCCCAGCGCUCCCUUCAAUGCACUCGAUCGCUCAGCCUGCUCCCACCGGAUCGGCACCACCACAAGAGGAGCAACGAGCACCUCCACCCCCUCCUCAGCCGCAGCCAGUCUAUGAGCCUGCUGCACGGAAGAUGGAUGUCGACGAAAAUUACGACGACAGCGGAGAUGACAGGUCGGCGACCAAGCAGGAGAGUCAGCGCAACAGCCCUCGAGCCCAGGCUCCGCCUGCAGGUGGCGCCAUUGAGCAGGCUGUGUAA